GCUAUGGUUUACUUCAGUUUGUAAUCAGUUUACUAUGUCGUCCAGCCCGUUUCCUGGAACGUGCCAAAUAUGACUUUCACUUUUGUUUUAGUCGUUGCGCGCUUUAGUUUUCCUCUUCUAAUUCUACUCGGGUUAAAGGGCUUCUCGUCUCCAUCUGAACCCACCUGAAGAGACGAAGCAGCAGGAUCAAUGACUCCAUGACUUCAGAUGUGCCUUUAUAGUUCAGAGUGCUGAACUAUGGCGUCUGGCACGAACAGAAUGCAGGAGGAGAGUAUUGACUCUCCUGAAGAUGGGCCCCGCAACAUUUCCAGCCGAUCUGAUGUCUCUCACGAUAUCAGCAUAGACUUCAAGAAGCUGGAUUUGAUGAUAAGAUCCAUGGAGGUUCAGGAGAGGAAACACUCCGACGUGCCUCAAGUCACCUGUGUUUCUCAGCAGUCAAAGGGUGCAAAUAUAAACUUCAGUGAAGGAACUCCCAAUUGCCACGACAGCUGGCAGCAGGAGAGAGGAGGAUCUCUGAACAGCUGUGAGUCCAGGAAGCCUGAGCGGUCCGAGGCUCCUUCAGGGGAUUUCAUGACUGAAAACCACCAUGUCACUGAAAGGCCAUUCUCUGAGGAGAGGCAGUUUCAACAGCCUGAAUUGAGCUUGACAAACACGUUGAAGCUUCUUCAAGAAAACAUCAACAGUUUUGUGGGUAAUGAGCUGGAGGCGGUCAAGAAGCUUCUGGAUCCAGAGUCCGUAGAGGAGCGGAGGGAGAAGGUGGAGGUGGUGGAGGAUGAGAAGAUUCUGAAGAGCAACAGAGAAGCUUUUCAGAAGAUCGUCAUGAACUUCUUGAAGACGAUGAAGCAGGAGAAUCUGGCUUACUGCCUGGAGAGAAAAACAUCGUCCGUGUCCCAGGCUAAACUCAAACGCAGCCUGAAGAAAAGGUCACAGAAUGUGUUGGAGGGGAUCGCUGAAGCGAGAAAGACGACGCCCCUCAAUUCCAUCUUUACAGAAGUGUACAUGACCACGGCAGGGAGCGGAGAGGUCAGCGACCAGCACGAGGUCAGACAGAUCCAAGUGCCGUUUUCGAAGGCAGAACGGGCAGAAAUGGCCAUCGCCUGUGAGAACUUCUUCACAGAGGCUCCUGGAAGAGAGGAACCGGCCAGAACGGUGCUGACGAAGGGAGUGGCCGGCAUCGGGAAAACCUUCUUAGUUCAGAAGUUCACUCUGGACUGGGCCGAAGACAAAGCCAACCAGGACAUCCACUUCACAUUUCCAUUCAAGUUCAGAGAGCUCAACGUGCUGAAGGAGAAGAAGUACAGCUUGGUGGAACUUAUCGAUGACUUCUUUAGUGAAACCAAAGAAGCAGGACUCUGCCGGUUUGAAGAUUCCCGGGUUGUGUUCAUCUUCGACGGUCUGGACGAGUGCGCGUUCUCUCUGGACUUCCACAACGCCGAGAUCCUGACCGACGUUACGGCGCCUACCUCAGUGGAUGUGCUGCUGACAAACCUCAUCAGGGGGAAACUGCUUCCCUCGGCUCACCUCUGGAUCACCACACGUCCUGCAGCGGCCAGCCAGAUCCCGCCCGAGUGUGUCGACGUGGUGACCGAGGUCCGGGGCUUCACCGACUCGCAGAAGGAGGACUACUUCAGGAGGAGGUUCAGAGACGAGAGGCAGUUCAGCAGGAUCAUGUCCCACAUCGAGACCUCGCCAAGCCUCCACACCAUGUGCCACAUCCCAGUCUUCUGCUGGAUCACCGCCACAGUUCUGCAGCAUGUGCUGAAUCGUCCAGAGGGAGGAGAGCUGCCCAAGACCCCCACCGAGAUGUACAUCCACUUCCUGGUGUUUCAGACCAACGUGAAGAGGGAGAAGUACGACGGAGAAUCUAAAGCGGAUCCACUCUGCAGUCCGGACAGUAGGAAGUUGAUCGAAUCUCUGGGAAAACUGGCUUUUGAGCAGCUGCAGAAAGGAAACUUUAACUUCAGUGAGUCUGACCUGAAGGAGUAUGGCAUCGACACCAAAGCGGCGGAGUGCUCGGGCGUUUUCACACUGAUCUACAACGAGGACAGGGGCCUGUACCAGGACAGACUGUUCUGCUUCGUCCAUCUGAGCGUCCAGGAGUUUCUGGCUGCUCUUCAUGUCCACAUGACCUUCACCAACUCUUCUGUGAAUCUGUUGGAAAAACAGCCAACUGCAUCCCACGAGUCCCAACCGGAGGAGGACCCGUCUGCAGAGACACGUCUGUACCGACGUGCAGUGGACGUCGCCUUGCAGAGUCCAAAUGGACACCUGGACUUGUUCUUACGCUUCCUCCUGGGCCUCUCACUCCCAGACAAUCGCCGUCACCUGAAAGGUCUGCUGGUGGAGGAAGAGAGCAGCUCCCGGACCAGUCAGGCGACGAUCCAGUACAUCAAGCAGAAGAUGAAUGAGAAUCCGUCUCCUGAGAAGUGCAUCAACCUCUUCCACUGUCUGAACGAGCUGAACGAUCGUUCUCUGGAGCAGGACAUCCAGUGGUACCUGAGAUCAGGCCGCUUCUCCACAAGCCGGCCGUCUCCAGCUCACUGGUCAGCACUCGUCUUCAUCCUCCUGUCGUCAGGAAAAGAUCUGGACGUGUUUGAUCUGAAGAAAUACUCUGCUUCAGAGGAGGCAUUUCUGAGGCUGCUGCCAGUGGUCAAAGCCUCCAGCAAAGCUCUGUUGGGAGGCUGUAACCUGUCAGAGAGAAGCUGUGAAGCUCUGUCCUCACUCCUCAGCUCCCCGUCCUGCUGUCUGAGAGGCCUGGAUCUGGGUAACAACGACCUGCGGGACUCAGGGGUGCAGCUGCUCUCUGUGGGGCUGCAGAGUCCGCACUGUAAACUGGAAACUCUCAGGCUGUCAGGAUGUCUGAUGACGGACGCCGGCUGUGCUUCCCUGACCUCUGCUCUGACCUCUAACCCCUCCCACCUGAAGGAGCUGGACCUGAGCUACAACCACCUGGGAGGAGAGGCGGUGGAGCGUCUCUCUGCUCUGCAGGAGGAUCCACGCUCCGGGCUGGUCACACUCGGGCUUUACCCAACUGGACCCAAGUGGAUGAUCCCAGGUCUGAAGAAACAUGCCUGUAAGAUCACCCUGGACCCGAACACCGCACACAAGCACCUCUACAUGUACGACAAUGACACAAAGAUCAUAACGACGAACGCGUCGAGGAGCUGCCCGGACCAUCCGGACCGGUACAACAGCUGGCCGCAGGUCCGCAGCGGCCACGGUCUGACCGGCUGCUGCUACUGGGAGGUGGAAUGGGAGGGGGAGGCUCACAUCGCAGUGACCUACAGACCCCAGUCAGACACCGACAACAGCUGCUUCGGAAUGAACAAGCACUCCUGGAGCCUGUCCUGCUUCGCGAAUGUUUACUACGCUUGGCACGACAAGCAUGAGGUGAUCAUCAAUCCUCCGCCCACCUCCUCCAGCUCCAACAGGGUGGGAGCGUAUCUGAACUGGCAUGCAGGGACUCUGUCCUUCUACAGCGUCUCCGCCGAUCCUCCAGUCCACCUGCACACCUUCCGAGACAGAUUCACCGACUCCGUGUACCCCGGGUUCGGGUUCUGGAACGGGCCUGGCGCCAUCGUGUCCCUCUGUGAGCUGUAGGAAAAACACUGGUGCUAUUUUAAAACUCGGCAACAGUCAGUUGGCACUGCCAGAAACCCUGAACUCCUGGGUUUUCUCCAGGUAAUCCCAUUACAUACCUGUGAGUUUAAACAGUUACUCUACAUCAAACCUGAGAGGGAUUCAGUAUUAUAGAGCAUGAAUCGUCAGACUUUAGUAAAUGCAUACUGUAGCAUAUUUUGGAGUGUUUUCUUUGAAACUCAUAUUAAUUGAAUGAAAAGUGAUAUUUUGAAACACGAGCAGAAGAAUAAUCACACUCACAUGGUUUGCCAACUGACAAAGGCCAACUGGACAACACACAGUCCUGCUUUGUUUUCUCAGGACUCUAAAAAAAAUACUGACAACCAAGUCUGAGGCGUGCAACGUCAAGUAGAUGAAGAAACUGAGCAAAAGUGUCAAAACGAGUGGUUUGGCUAAAAUGUUCAGCUUGUUAUGUGAACAAAUUAAAACAAGUUGAAGUUCUCUUUGCACUCCGUCAACUAACCAACAUUAUCGACCUCACGCUUACCUUUGUGACUAAUCAAGUUCUUUCACCCAAUAAAAAAAAAUUGUUUGUGAAUC